GUUCAGUAAGUGAACCGUCCCACCGCCACAAUAGCGUUGCGCGUAUUUGAAUCCGUUGUUCACUUCGGACGGAUAAACUAGAGCAAUAUUUCGUCCGAAAUAACACCACUUCAUUUGGUCUCUUUUGCCUCAGCUAGAGCUGCAACAUCUGGUCCAUCGGUACCCUGUCUGCCAUUUCACGCGAACCCACCCCUCACCUCAGCCCUCAUCCACGAUGGCGUCCGUCAGUGAGAUUCAAAACCCCGACCAGCUCGUCACCUCAGACGACCCAGAGCACCCGGCAAACCUCAUCCCUUCUCUGUGCGCAAAGUUCUGGACCCUUGGCUGGGUCACAGGCACCGGUGGUGGCUGUUCCAUCCGAGAUGACGACCUCGUCUACCUCGCCCCCUCAGGCGUCCAGAAGGAACUCAUGAAGGCCGAGGACAUCUACGUCCUCUCCCUCGCCGCCCAGGAGUCUUCCCUCAAGAACCGCAUCUACCUGCGUUCGCCGCCCUCCUACAAACCCUCGCAGUGCACCCCGCUCUUUCUCGCCGCCUUCACGCGGCGCGGCGCGGGCUGCUGCAUCCACACGCACUCCCACUGGGCAGUCCUCGUUACCCUGAUCCUCGAGUCCCGCGGUGCCGGCAACGACAAGCUCUUCGAGAUCAACAACGUCGAGCAGAUUAAGGGCUUCGGCAAAGGCUUCCAGAAGCAGGGCAACCUUGGCUACCACGACACCCUGCGCAUCCCCGUCAUCGAGAACACGGCCCACGAGGAGGACCUGACCGAGUUCCUCGAGGAGGCCAUGGACAAGUACCCCGACACCUACGCCGUGCUGGUCCGGAGGCACGGCGUCUACGUAUGGGGCGACAACGUCCACAAGGCGAAGACACAGUGCGAAAGCCUGGACUACUUGUUCCAAUUGGCCGUUGAGAUGAAACAAUUGGGAAUCCCCUGGAUCAGCGACGUUCCAGUUGUUAAGCCUACCAGAGUCUAGUCAGCAUUGGGAUUCAAGGGAAAGUAACUAGGUAAAACGGUCUCGUGACGUCACUCUCACUUGAUCAACACGGUGAUAGGCGUAACUUUGACAUAUGUCUUGACCCGAAUGAAGGCUGCCCACAGAUCGAAAUAGUCGUUGUCGUCGUCGUCGUACGUACGUACGUCGUGCAUUGGCACCAAGUACACAAACCGCCCUCUAAGGAAUUGUGCGCGGUCGGCCGGGCCGAGUGAGAUGAUAUAUGGGCAAGCGUAACAAACAAAGACAGGAUCAGAUAGUACGACGGUAAGCUUUAAGUCAUAAGACGCACAGUUGAGAGACUAAGAAGGAGCUGGGGGUAUUUUGAAAUUGGCAGACGCCGUUAUCCACUAGUACAUUAACACAUAUCCAUGUAACUGCCUGUUCGUUAUUGACCACAUAUACAGCAAGCAUCCCCCAAAUGGUAUAUACCCCUCGCCCAUGAAUCCCAGUUCAUCCAACACAUCUCC